UGUCUAGUGCACAUUCUGGAGCAGAGGGUGGCGGUAAUGCGCCAUUAAGCUGGAUGCCAACCUGCCGACCGCCGUAAAACAAGAUACAGACAGACAGACGCCCCGGCACUCCAGAGCGGAGAUAUUUCUGACGUGAGCCGCUGGGCAGGAAGUCACCACGGCCCCGGCAUUUUCCUGGCGUCCCCGCCACCCCGCCCCGUCUCUCUACCGGCGCUCCCUCCGGGCCGGACGAGGAGUCCAGUGAAAAGGAACCGGGAUGGACGGCCCGGAAUCUGCGGCUAGCGAGCGGAAGGUCGACAUCUACCGAGACACGUGGGUCCGCUUCCUUGGAUAUGCUAAUGAAGUUGGUGAAGCAUUCCGGGCACUGGUACCUGUAGGUCUGGUCUGGGCCAGUUAUGGAAUAUCAACUGCAUAUGUGACAGCUGAUGCAGUGGACAAGGGAAAGAAAGCAGCUGCCGCUCACGGAGACAGGCCUGGGAGAACUGUGAAGGUCGGCGCGGCGGUCGUGGACACCUUCAUCUGGCAGGCUUUGGCGUCAGUUGCGAUUCCAGGUUUCACCAUCAAUCGACUGUGUGCAGCUUCCCUUUUCCUCCUGGGGAAAACUACAAGGUGGCCACUGCCUGUGAGGAAGUGGACAACCACGGCUAUUGGGCUGUCUGCCAUUCCGGUUAUUAUAACUCCCAUUGAUAGGUCAGUAGAUUUUCUUUUGGAUUCUACAUUACGAAAGUUGUAUGGAACGGAAGAACACAAGCCAUAACCAAAGGCAACUGGAACUUUUGCCGUGGGCCAAUUUUAACAGCGAGAUUCGUAUACACGGUAGCUUUAGGUAACAUUACAAGGCAUUGAUUCCUGUUCUCCAACUCUGGAGACUUGUAUUUUUUCCAAUCAAAUGAGUAUGAGGUGAUUUAUAAUAGAGAUCCGGGUGCUUGAUACAUUAUUGAAGUCUGUUGCCAAAGUAUAGAAUUAUGUGCCUUUCUAUAUAUAAUAUUAUAACUUUGCCUCUAAUGAAUAUAUUAUAUAUGCUAUAUAUAAUAUAUUCAUGAAAAGAUGAUUUUUUAAAAUAGAUAAUUGAACAGGAAGAGCUCUUCUAUUUAAAAGAUACUCUGUUUAUAUAGCAAUUAAAAUAACAAAUGUACAGAUUUGGUUACUUUUAACCAUCUAAGCACAAUUGCCAGAGUUUUGUUGAAUUCGCCACAUAUCCGUUUUAAAGUUUUAUACAGUCUCUUGUCUGACACCAGGGGCAGGGGCCCAUCUGAGCUGCUAGUCACGAGUGCGAGUGUGGAUCAAAACUCCAAUGUUAAUAAAAAUGGAAGCAGUUAGGGCUGUAUGAUUUAACACUGUGCAAAGCAACCUGCUGAAACAAUUGUAUCUACAUUAUGCUUUCAAACCUAUUAAUGGGGGAAACACUGUAUCAGCUUUCACAAAAGACAACUAGUAUCUUGUACCAUUCUCAUUAGCUACUCCAUUCCUUUUAAGCAAUUCACAGACUCAGUGACCUCUAAAUGGUAUCUUAACUUGCACAAGUUAUGAUCUAUAAAGUAUGCUUCCAACUGUACUUUAUCUUAAAGGUGCACAAUUUAAUGUGUUAAAGAGAAAAUAAACACAACAGCAUGCCACAAUUGUGUUGUAAAUCUGAACUGCUCAUAAUCGCAAUUUGUCCACUGUACAGUAUGAACUACUUUGGCCUUUAUACCUCAAUAAAGUUGGAAGAAACGUAACUCUUGUAGCGCCUGGAGAUGAUUGGAGAAGUCUGCUCUGUAACAGCAUCCCUCCUUGGAGAAACCAGACAUAGAUCUGAGCGUCACAAAGUGCUUAUAAGCAGUUGGAAUAAAAAAUAUAGUUAGCGUCCAAUAUAUUAACAAACCAAAGAUUGAUUCAAACUUUCAAGAGAUGACAACAUCUGUCCAAUUCAGUUAAGAAAAUGUCACUUUCUCAUCAUGGGUAUUUUGUUAACUAUCAACUUGUAUUAACUUCUCUUAGCUAAGUUUAGACCUUAAGAUUUAGGAGUAGAGUUAGACCAUUCAGCCCAUCGAGUCUGCUCCGCCAUUCCAUCAUGGCUGAUAUAUUAUCCCUCUCAACCCCAUUCUCCUGCCUUCUCCCCAUAACCUUUGAUGCCCUGACUAAUUGUGAACCUAUCAACCUCAGCGUUAAAUAUACAAUGACUUGGCAAUGCGUUCCACAGAUUCACCACCGGCUGCCUAAGGAAUUCCUCCUCGUCUCGGUUCUAAAUGGGUGCCCCUCUAUUCUGAGUCCUAGACUCCCCCGCUAUAGGGAACAUCCUCUCCACAUCCACACUGUCUAGGGCUUUCAAUAUUCAAUAGGUCUCAGUGAGAUCUUCCCCUCAUUCUUUUAAACUCCAGAGGGUACAGGCCCAGACCAUCAAACACUCCUCAUACACUAACCCUGUCAUUCCUGGAAUCAUUUCCGUGAACUCCCUCUGGAUCCGCUCCAAUGGCAGCACAUCUUUUCUCUGAUAAAAUGCCCAAAGCUGCUCACAAUACUCCGUGUAGUCUAACCAAUGCCUUAUAAAGCCUGUAGAGUUUUGUCUUAGUCUUAGUGUAAAUGUAUAUUAGUUUCUUAGUCAAAUCAAUAUCCUUGUCUAAUAUCAUUUGAGAAAGAUGGUUUUGAUGAACUCCUCAUCUUAAAGUCAUUUACCCACAAGAUCAUAAAGUUAACAUUUCUAAGUGUAUUUCAUUGGAAGGGCUUUAUUCCCUUGGUUUGAAUGUUAUUGCUUUGGAGAUAGACAAAUUCUUAGGUAGUGCCAAAGAAACCAGGUGUUUUAUUAGCAGCGUAGUGUGCUGAACAAUUACCCUAAGAAGGAAUUUUGUUUCCGAACAAUAAUACCUUGGAAAGCCUGUUAGGCUCAGAAGUUUAUCAGCUUAAUAAAAUUAGGCACAUCAGAAGACAACACUUUUUGUUUCAGAACAGAGCCGAAUUCUUGAGUUUCAGACUGUGUUACUUUUCUAGACAGCUAUAUUUCAUGAAAAGGAUUCAGACAGGACUCCCUCUAUGUCAGGCUUUAAUGAACAGAUGUGUCGGUUCAUCAUACAAAUGUAAACAAAAAUGCUGUCUGGAAAAAGCCAGCAGUUGAAGUCAAAACAUUCAGUGCUUGUCUUUAUCUGUGACUUCCCACUGACUAUAAAGUAGAACUUUGUCUUCUGUUCAGCUAAAUUGUCAAAAUGGGAGAUUGUAUGUCUGUACCUGAACUUCAGACACAACUUGAUAUUAAAACCUUGAACACCUAUAGCUGCUGUUAUGAUUGUACUGCAAGUAGAAUUACA